AUGGGCAAAUAUACUACGUACAGAUAUUCAACAACAGCACUGAUGUGUGAACCGGUAUUUACUGGUACCAAUAGCCAGGCGCAAUGGUAUCACAACGGCAUAAUUGUUGCAAAUGUUUCAAGUACUUCAAAUGCAGUGUUGCACGACUGUACGUACAAUCGGGACCAAUCUAUCCCAGAUGUUGGCUUUCUUAUCAUUACAAAUAUAUCUGUCGAAGACGAAGGCGACUACUGGUGUCGUAGGAUAGAUAACAGAGAGGAAGGUGAGAUAGCUCGAAUUAUUGUUGCCUUUGUGGAACCGUUUCCAAGUAAUUCCCGACCAACAUUUCGUCCAACUUUAGCACACUUUGGACAACAUGUUACCGCUGAUUGCCCAAAAACUAAAGCUGUCCCACCACCAACUUAUACCUGGUUUUUGAAUGGAGAGGUGGUGGAUUUAUCAAAUAAGCGGAUUGUUCAAAAUUCAAAUGGCUCACUUCAAAUUCAACGGUUUUUGAGUCAAGACAUUGGUGUUUAUGAAUGUGUUGUAAGAAAUUUUGCGGGUCGUACAAGUGCUAAAACAUACAUGGACGCCAUCCCGUUUAUAUCUAAUGAUAUUUUCGAUGGUACAAUUUUCACAAGUGUCUGUCAGAGCAUAUCUCGAAGAGGACUACCAUGGUUUUUAAUUAGUUGUCUGGCAAUCAGUUGUUCUAUGCUCUCUUAUUUGAUAUGUGCGGUACUACUUGCACGGUCUAGUUACCGGAAUAGGAGUUCUCUCUCUCCAAGUCUAUUCUUUCAAAUCCGUCUAAAUUUCGCACCAGGAUUCCGGAAAGUUGUAGCGCCAGUUACUGAUGCGCACCAUUAUGUCCACAUAAAUGUACCCAAUCAGUAUACCGUUUAA